AUUCAUCCUAGAAUACUACCGAACCGGAAAGUCACAUGGCAGGAUGUUAAUAACGGCGGCGUAACACGUCUCGAACUCGAAGAAGAACUAGACUACUUCCAAAUAUCAAGUGAACCGCCUUCGGGACUGAAUAUAUUCACAUUCGAAAAAGCCACCGAAAUAUUGGAUGAUCUCAUAUAA